GGAGGGAAGGAGUGAGUGAGUGAGAAAGAGAAGAGAAAGAAAGAAAGAAGGAGAGAGAGAAAGAGUGGGAGAGAGAAAGCGAAAGACAAGCUAGAGUACUAGUAAUAAACGUCGCCGAAUGUCUACCAAUUAGGGAAGGAAAAAAUACCAUAAAGAAAGUUUAAGCCUUUUUUCGGGAAAUAACAUAAGACUAGACGAUAUAGUCUAUAACAUAGUUUGGGACUAUUAUAUUGGGGGAAAGAAACCCUGCUGAACAUACUAAAUACAUGAUCAUGACGGCAGCUGUUGAUAUGAAACCAACGUUAACCAUAAUAAAAUCUGAGAAAGUGGAAGUAGACCUGGACUGCGGGGAUAUGCCGCUCCUCACGCCUGGAAGCAAGGAGAUGAUGUCACAGGCUCUCAAAGCCACCUUCAGCGGCUUCACCAAAGAACAGCAGAGACUGGGAAUCCCCAAAGAUCCCAGACAAUGGACAGAGGAUCAUGUCAGGGAGUGGUUGACAUGGACAGUGAAUGAGUUCACCCUGAAGAACGUGGACUUCCACAAAUUCUGCAUGAACGGGGCCAGCCUGUGUGCGCUAGGGAAGGACCGCUUCCUUGACCUCGCUCCCGACUUUGUUGGGGACAUCCUUUGGGAACAUCUUGAAAUGCUGCAGAAAGAAGACACAAAACAUUUCCCAAUCAACGGCUUGACCUCCACCUUCCAGGAAUCCCGCUAUACCUCAGACUACUUUGUCAGCUAUGGCAUUGAGCAUGCCCAAUGUGUGCCGCCCUCAGAGUACACAGAACCUGGCUUCAUCACAGAGUCCUACCAGACCCUGCACCCAAUCAGCUCAGAGGACCUGCUGUCACUCAAAUACGAGAACGAAUCGUACCCCAACGUCAUCCUGCGGGACACGCCCCUGAACCCGCUGCAGGGGGAUUACUUUCCCAUCAAACAGGAGGUUGUCUCUCCCGACAACAUGUGUGUGGGCCGCAUGAGCAGAGGGAAAUUGGGCGGUCAGGACUCGUUUGAGAGCAUUGAUAGCUUCGAGAGCUGCGACCGCCUGACGCAGUCCUGGAGCAGCCAGUCGUCCUUCAGCAGCCUGCAGCGAGUGCCUUCCUACGACAGCUUCGACUCAGAGGAGUACCCCAGCGCCCUGCACAGCCACAAGCCCAAGGGCACCUUCAAGGACUACGUGCGCGAGCGCUCGGACCUCAGCAAGGACAAGCCCGUCAUCCCAGCUGCUGCCCUGGCCGGCUACACAGGCAGUGGACCCAUACAGCUGUGGCAGUUUCUCCUGGAGCUCCUGACCGAUAAGUCUUGCCAGUCCUUCAUCAGCUGGACGGGAGAUGGCUGGGAGUUCAAGCUCUCUGACCCAGAUGAGGUGGCGCGCAGGUGGGGAAAGAGGAAAAACAAGCCCAAGAUGAACUACGAGAAGCUGAGUCGAGGCCUACGCUACUACUACGACAAGAACAUCAUCCACAAGACGUCGGGAAAACGUUACGUCUACCGCUUCGUUUGUGACUUGAAAAGCCUGCUCGGCUACACGCCCGAGGAGCUACACGCCAUGUUGGACGUUAAGCCCGACAAUGACGAGUGAAGGGGGAAACAAGCGAAGACAACCUGGGACCAGAGAAGUAAUCGCUCACUAAUUCCACCACCCCAUCGGGCAGAACGUGUCCGGUAUUUUCCAAUCACAGUCUGACUAAACUCAUCUUUGUGGUUUAAAGAAAAAAAGUUCGUUUUUUUUGUUUUGAGUUCUGCUCAGAUAUAUUUUUUAGAAAAAAAGCAGGCCUCAAGAAGAUAAAAAGUGCACCAAAGUUCAUACUGUUGCAUCGAGAGACAAUGUGUCUUAUGUUAUGUCUCUUAUGCGUCUCUGGGGUGGAAGGAUAGAAAUCUGUACAGAUGCUGGAUUCUACCACUUGUACAGCUUACCUCUCACUCAGGUAGCAGAAAGCAGUCAACAGGAUGGCAUGGGGCCAUAAAAGUGAGAUGGUUUAAUUCUCAUCAGACACUGCAUGGACAGGGCACGUGUUCCUAUUAUAAAUAUGUGGCCAAAAUUGAGAAGUUUUGAGAAUUAUGUAUUAUAUUACCUUACACACACUGUCUUAGCCGUCCUAAUCAUGGGAGGCAAUGGUAUGAGUUUUAACAUAUGGACCAAAAUAUGUGUUUGCUUUAUUUCAGUUGUUUCACUUAAUUUCAGCUGUUUGUGCCAGUAUUAUUUUAAUGUACAUCUUUUUUUUAGAUUUUUUCCCCUUGAGGGUUGUUACAUUGCUUAUGUAACUUUCCAGAAAAAUGAAGGUAUUCAGAAAUCAAAUGUUUUUUUUUCUGUCAUAGGUAGAGAUUUUGAGUUUCUUUUAAGUGAGGCGCUAAGCAGAAAUGGUAUUGGGAUGGUGACAGACUCGCGUCUCGCUCAUUCGUCUCUGAGCCCGUUAGCUUUACUCAAACCGAGAGAAGAGUUGUUGACACAACUGAAAGUGGCCGUUGCUUUUCAACGGUGACUGCCAGCGCUCGCGCUCACACAGACGCCUGCCACUUCGCAGCAAACAAGUACAGCUAUAACUCAUCCAGACACUGCAGAUGUGCACACUCAACCACCAGUCGCACUAUCGCAGCCAAGCGCGUCCUUUUGUUACGGGUGCAGAAGACAUCAUUGCCCGACUUUGUUUUAGUCUGCGUUGCCUCAAAGUAGCAGACAGUAUUUAAUAUGCCAUUCUCAGAGCUAAUAUUAGUCUAGUCCACAUGGAGAGAAAUGUACAUGUGAUUGUGAUGGUGAUACUAGAAGAGUCACUUAGAAAAGAAAAUGAUCCAUAUCAAUCAUUGAAACUCAGAGAAAAAGAUAGGGAGGUAUAGCAAGAUCAAGAACGAGAUUCUACUAAUGAAACUGAAUGAAAACCUUGGCUAUUGGAUCUGACGCUUUGUCAUUGGAAAGUAAAGGAAAGUAAGUUGAAAAGUUCUGAGUGGGUGUUUGGUAUUGAGAGUGGGGAAGCCUUGGUGAGUGAAGAAAGAAUUCAUAGAUUUGGUAACAGUUUGGUGUUGUGACCAAGUAAGAGAACAGGGAGUUCUAGAAUAUGUCAUAAUGUCUGAUAUUGAGAUGGCAAGCUCUUGUUAUGGAAAUCUCUGUGCAACUGCAAUGACUAAAUCAUUGGUACACUUUGUGAAAGGCUUCUGCUAAUGCACUGGUAAUGAGUCAAAAUGCACAGUUUCUCUUUUGGCUUCUAGUUUCCUUUCCCCUCUUUCCUUCGAAGGAGACUCUUAUUGGAUAAAGGAGGGCACUAGAAGCAGUGGCAGCUCGCAGGCAUUAAAAUGUUUUCUGAUUCAGUUCAGUUCUCUUAUUGAAAAGUCCUAUGAACUUCCAGUAUGUUCUGUAUUUUUGUGUAAUAGAAAAUAAGUAAUUGUGACUGCCAUCGUUGUGUUUAUUACGGUGAUUGUUUUGUUUUGUUUUUCCCACUGAAGUGCUGCCAUUUUUGAUUGCGCUCCAAUGUGGGAAGAGCACAGUACACUGGCCUUAUGGGGCAAGCCAAAGUCAAGAAAUUUCAUCUUAAAAAACAAAUGUUAUUGUUUACAGUAGCUGAAUGUUACUCAUCCUGAUUAGAAUAGCUCUCCAAACUGUCUGUUUGUACAGAUUGUAUUUCAUAACCCUUUAUUAAAAUAUCUAGAUGAAACAAAUAAACAAUCGACAAAGCAGAAAUAAUAACCAACCCAUGUGAGGUCUGAGAGUGUUAAGCAUCAGGCUCAUCUUCCCCUUUGGAGAAUGGAAGCCAGGGGACCAACCGCUUUGUGUUUUACUUUAUCCAUUCCACAGCGUCCGUUCUAUUUUGUGUUCACAUAGAGCUCGGACCACCCUCCUCUGUGGAAGUACAGUGCCUGUCGUUCCUCAUGUAAGGGUCAUGAUGCGUGUAGACAAUAUCAUCCUAUCCUUACGUUUGCAUUACUUAUCAAAGUAAUUGGUAUAAGAUUCAGGAUUUUUUUUUUAUUCUUUGUAUUCUGUUGUGUUAGUUGAAGUUUUAUGACAGGGAAGAGUCCUUAUCACAAGCUCAAGUGAAGAAUUGUUCUCAUUCAGCCGGUUACAGUGUUGAGCGGUUUGUCGUUUGUUUUUUGUAUGCAUACGAUAUAAGCAUAUGCAUAUGAUAUAAAAGGAUAUGCAUCUGUAAUGAUAAAGAAGGUAUAUCAAUAACAAUGACAUUUUGGCAAAAAUCUAUGUACCAGAGUACUUCAAAAUAGAAGUAUAUAACUGAUAUUGAUAAGGAAAGCGUUUUUUUUGUUUUGUUUGUUUUUUUGUAUAUUUUAUAGUGUUUCUGUAUUUUUUGUUAAAUGAAAAUUUUAAUGUAUUUUAGUUCACAAACAUUUGAAUAUUUUUCAAUAAUUUAUAUUUUAUAACUUUGAAAUAUGAGAUGCAGACAGCUGGUGCUUUCAUGGGAAAUAAAGGUAGCACAGGACAAAAUGUAGCGAUGUUUUUUUUUUCUUUUUUAUACAAAAAAUAUAUGAAAUUUGAAGACCUGUCUGCUUAUAUACAGUUGUUUAAGAGAGAAAGGCUGAUGCUGGCCCAUCAUUAUGUUCUGCUGGAAAGUUUUAUAAACUGUAGCUUCUAUUGUACUUCAAAUUGUUAUGUUAUAAAAUAUAUGUAAAAAAGA